GGGGCGUAGGAUCCAAUGCAUCUUUUAAAAUAAAACUCUUUAACUUCUUCUCCCUCUCCCUCUUUAUAACCCUAUACUAUACACAUUCAUUCAACUCUCUCAAAAAAAGUAACAUCCAAAGAAGCUAUAAGAGAAAAUCACCAAACAAAGAAGGAAAAAAAAAUAUUAUGAUAUAACUAACCACCAACAAUACAGUACUCUCUUUUAUGUUCAUUAACUUUUCUUCAUUCCCACCUUCUUAUUCUUAGCUUCUUCAUAUAGCUAUAACUAGCUUCAUAUUUACUCAAUUUCCUCCAAGAAACAUAUAUCUUCUUCUCAAUCAAAACAUGAGAGAUUGAAAAAAAAGAAGAGAAAAUUGAGGGUUUUAUUAUUAUUAUUAUGAAGAUGGGAAAUCUGGAAAUUAGUGUUGCAUGUUCCAAGCCUUCUUCUUCUUCUCAUCAUAACAACAAUAAUAUUAUUGACAAAGAGAUCAAAGAAGAAGAAGGAGGCUACCUCGAGGGUAUAAUAGUACUUUCCAAGCAACGAGACCAAGAAUCAAGAAAGGAGCAAGAAGAAGAAGAAGAAAUUGAUGAUGAUGAUGAUGGAUUCAAGACUCCAACAUCAAUGGAUCAAAGAAUCCCAGUAGAAUCAAAGCAAUGCCCACCAGCACCAAGAAAACCAAAGCCGCCGUUGUUAUCUCUCAAGAGAAAACCGCCGUCAUCGUCGCCGUCGUGCUGCAUCGUCAGCUGCAGAUACCACCCACUUGAUCUCUCCAGAGAAGUUGAAUUAUUGUUUCAGAGAACAACACCACAACAAAAGCAUCAUCAGCUUCUUUCUUCAGACCAAAUAAUAAUCAGCAAGAAAAUUCGAAGGGAAUGAUAUAAUAUUAAUAUUAAUAAUAAUAUUAAUAUAUAAUCUAUGGUGAAAAGCAAGCAUGUUUUCUUCCACAUUUGUGUGGUUUGAUGAGGUUUCCUCUCUGUAGUGUGUCAUGUAAUGGGUGCAAUGCGAUGAACUUGAUUCUCAGCUUCACCAUAACUUUGGUUAGUUUUCUUUCUUUUUCUUAAUUUUUUUUUUUUAGU